GACACCUUAAUCCUGGCCCCCUGUCAAUCAGACACACAUGCACACGCGCACAAACACACUCACAAACACAUUGAGAGAAACCAUGGAGUAUAGUAGUUUGUAAGCGUGGGCUUCUCCAAACAGCUGCGAGGAUUGCUAAGCACUAGGUCUCUAAUGAUAUUGCUAAAGAGAAUACCUAGAGCCGUCCCAAGACUAAACUGAGACCAUGGCAGACAAGGAGAUGGGCAUGGAGACUAAGAAGAAAAAGAGUGUGGAAGUCUGUGGUUAUCCACUCAGUAUUUUCUUCAUUGUGGUGAAUGAGUUCUGUGAAAGAUUCUCCUACUAUGGGAUGCGAGCUGUGUUGGUUUUGUACUUCACCUAUUUCUUGCGCUGGGAUGAGAACACAGCCAUCUCCAUCUACCACACCUUCGUGGCUCUGUGCUACCUGUCACCCAUCCUCGGGGCCAUCGUCGCCGACUCCUGGCUGGGCAAGUUCAAGACAAUUAUCUAUCUGUCCAUUGUGUACACCCUUGGCCAGGCCGUCUUGGCUGUCAGUGCCAUUCAUGACCUCACUGACAAUAACAGGGAUGGCAUACCGGACAACCUCACCUUACACGUGGCCCUGUCUAUGGUUGGACUGGCGCUCAUCGCUCUGGGCACGGGAGGAAUCAAGCCCUGUGUGGCUGCUUUUGGUGGGGAUCAGUUUGAUGACAGCCAGGAGAAGCAGAGGAGCACAUUUUUCUCCAUCUUCUACCUGUCAAUCAAUGCUGGCAGUCUGCUCUCCACUAUCAUCACUCCAAUUCUCAGAGCCCAGGAGUGUGGAAUCCACACCGUGCAGAAAUGCUACCCUCUGGCCUUUGGAGUUCCUGCCGCUCUCAUGAUGGUUGCCCUCAUUGUCUUCAUUGUGGGGAGCAAGAUGUACAUCAAGGUAGACCCCAAAGGAAACAUCAUGUUGGAGGUCUGCAAGUGCAUUGGGUUCGCCCUCAAGAACCGCUUCAAGCACCGCAGCAGCCAGUACCCCAGCAGGGAACACUGGAUGGACUGGGCUGAGGACAAAUAUGGAAAACUGCUGAUUGCACAAAUCAAGAUGGUGCUGAAGGUGUUGUUCCUCUACAUCCCCCUGCCUAUGUUCUGGGCGCUGUUUGACCAGCAGGGCUCCAGGUGGACUCUCCAGGCCACCACUAUGGACGGAAACUUUGGUUUGCUCGUCAUUCAGCCUGAUCAGAUGCAGAUGAUGAACCCCAUCAUGAUCCUGAUUAUGGUGCCUAUUGUGGACAGCUUGGUUUAUCCCCUCAUUAAGAAGUGUGGCCUCAACUUCACGCCCUUGAAAAGGAUGACUGUUGGCAUGUUGAUGGCAGGACUGGCCUUUGCUGCUGCUGGUGUUGUUCAGCUCCAGAUAGAUAACACUCUGCCUAAAUUUCCUAGCGCCACCCAGAGUCAAGUGAAGCUCAUCAACAUGCAGAACAACCAGGUCACGGGCACCAUCGAGGGGACUGCGUACACACUCCCAGCUUAUGCUGGUAUGGAGGAUUACAUUACCACAGAGAAGGAUAUUGUUUUGGUAACUGUGAACUCUAUGGCUACCAACAUCAGCUUGGUUUCACACAUGCGGCAGACUGUUCUCCUCUUCCCCACUGAUGUACAGACAGUGAAUGAUUCAAUGUCCAAGCCUCAAGAAGGAAAGAAUGCCGUCAGGUUUGUGAAUGCCUUUAACAAGGGGCUUAAUGUGUCUUGGAGUGGAGAAAGCCUCGGGUUCAUCACAACCAAUUCAAUCUCCUCAUACACCUUGGUGCCUCAGGGCAAUGUGGUAUUCACCAUAUUAGAUCAAACUGGUGCCACAUGUGAAAUGAGCCAAGACCUGAGUUUUGGCAGCUCUGUCACUUACACUAUCCCCAGCACAUUCAGCAUCAGUGGUGCGGAAUGUGCGGCUUCGAUCACCAAGACCAUGGAGAUUCAGCCCAACGUAAUUCAUAUGGCCUGGCAGCUGCCACAAUACUUCCUCAUGACCGCAGGAGAGGUGGUGUUCUCCGUCACCGGUCUGGAGUUCUCCUACUCACAGGCCCCAAGCAAUAUGAAGUCUGUUCUCCAAGCUGGUUGGCUCUUGACUGUUGCCGUAGGCAACAUCAUUGUGUUGAUCAUAGCAGAGGCAGCAACCAUCUCAGAAAAGUGGGCCGAGUACAUUCUGUUCGCCUCCCUGCUGGUGGCUGUCUGCGUGGUCUUCUCCAUCAUGGCAUACUUCUACACGUAUGUGGACCCGGCCGAGAUCGAGGCCCAAUUCGUCGAGAAGGAUCCGGAAGACAAGGACGAGAAGAAGAGAGGAUCGCUGAGCAGCAGCAGCAGCAGCAGCAGCUCGGAAGGUGGCAAAGCAGAGGAGGACGUCCAACAAACCAAGAUCUAAACCUCCUCCAUCUCCUCUCUUCUUCCUCCCUCUACUCCUCUUCCUCCUACUGCUCAUUCGCUUCCUACACUUUGAUGUCCUCCUUUCCGCGUGUGGUAUAGCUUGACAGAGUGGUCGGGAGGAGCCAUGCUGGACAGAGAUCUAUGAAAAGGGACUGGGGGGUGCCACCCCUUGUGUUGGUGUGCGGGUCAGAUUGACAACAUUCGGCCAUAUUGUUCCCCGGUGCCUUUGUAAACUAACACAUAUUAAUGCCUGGAUCACAAAGGAGAAGAGCUAUUUAUCAAAUUGAAUAUUAUGAACUGAUAUUUAGCAUUAACACAGUGAAAGACGGACAUUGAGAAGAUCUCUGGUAGAUUUAGGGUUUUGAAAGUAGGGCAGCAUGCAUCCUGAGUGACAGGUUGUUAGAAAAAAGAAACGUUUAAUUUAAUAUUGUAAAUGUUUUGUAAUUAAUAAUUUUGUACGACCAUAUUAUUUUUGUUUCUUUCCGUUUCUUAAUUGUAUAUUAUUGUAAAGGGCAUACACGAGACCCUUCCAACAUCUUGUAUGUUCCUGGUAGUGUUAUUGGUUGGUUAUUAUUUUGCAGUGUUAUUGUGUUUUUGUAUUGUUCAACAGACCAAAGAACUACAGGUUAAAACACCUGAGGGCAAAAAGAAUGUUUCGUGAGCAAGCACUUCAAAUAAAGAUUACGACUCAGAUACAA